GGCCUCAUAAACAACCACAGAACCACAAGUUGGGUACAGUGGCAGUCACACAAGACUGGGUCCGGGAUAUUGGUCAGCAGGCAGGGCAAAUCACACUGUCUGCAAACCACAGAGUUUCGUAGAGCGGUGAAAGAAAUCAUAUAGUCCCCCAACUUUAAGAAAAGACUACAUUGGAAGGAGAAAACCAUGUCUUCGGACAGCAUAUUUGAGUCAUUUCCUUCAUACCCACAGUGCUUCAUGAGAGAGUGUGUGCAUGGAAUGAAUCCUCCUAGAGACUUUCAUGAUACAAGCACCAGCCGCCGCUUCACGCCACCCUCCACCACGCUGAGUCCCGGGAAGAUGAGUGAAACACUGCCGCUGGCUGUGCAGGAGAACAGCGCCUCCCUGGUGGGAAAACUCAGAAGUACAGACCGCAGCAUGGUGGAGGUUUUAGCGGAUCACGCGGGAGAGUUGGUCCGUACAGACAGCCCUAACUUCCUCUGCUCCGUGUUACCCACGCACUGGAGAUGCAACAAAACGUUGCCGAUUGCUUUCAAGGUGGUUGCCUUGGGAGAUGUUCCUGAUGGGACUUUGGUCACUGUGAUGGCUGGAAAUGAUGAAAAUUACUCUGCUGAACUGAGAAAUGCUACAGCAGCAAUGAAGAACCAAGUUGCAAGGUUCAAUGACCUCAGAUUUGUGGGGAGAAGUGGAAGAGGGAAAAGCUUCACAUUGACCAUUACCGUCUUCACAAAUCCACCACAAGUAGCUACUUACCACAGAGCCAUCAAAAUUACUGUGGAUGGACCUCGGGAGCCUAGAAGACAUCGUCAGAAAAUAGAUGAACAGACAAAGCCUGGGAGCUUGUCCUUCUCAGAGAGACUGAGUGAACUGGAGCAGCUACGACGUACUGCCAUGAGGAUCAGCCCACACCAUCCAGCCCCUACAUCUAACCCACGAGCUUCCUUGAACCACACCACGGCUUUUAACCCUCAGCCUCAGAGUCAGAUUCAGGAUACAAAGCAAAUCCAGCCUUCCCCUCCUUGGUCCUAUGAUCAGUCAUACCAAUACUUGGGAUCUAUUGCUUCUCCUUCUGUACACCCAGCAACACCUAUUUCCCCUGGGCGAGCCAGUGGCAUGACAUCUCUCUCUGCAGAGCUUUCCAGCCGACUUUCAACUGCUUCUGAUCUGACAGCAUUCAGUGAUCCUCGGCAAUUCCCGACUCUUCCUUCCAUCUCUGAUGCUCGUAUGCAUUACCCAGGAGCCUUUACCUAUACCCCAACUCCAGUCACUUCAGGAAUAGGAAUUGGUAUGUCUGCCAUGACCACUGCCACAAGAUACCACACUUACUUACCCCCUCCAUACCCUGGUUCUUCUCAGGCUCAAGGCAGCCCCUUUCAGACAAGUUCACCAUCUUAUCAUCUCUACUAUGGAACGUCAGCAGGGUCUUAUCAGUUCUCUAUGAUGUCUGGUGGAGACCGCUCACCUCCACGUAUCCUGCCUCCUUGCACUAAUGCUUCCACAGGCUCUACCCUUCUCAACCCCAAUCUUCCCAACCAAAAUGAUGUGGUUGAAGCUGAAGGCAGUCACAGCAACUCCCCAACCAACAUGGGUACCACAGCAAGGCUGGAAGAAGCAGUGUGGCGACCAUAUUGAAUUUUACCUAGAGAUGGGCCAGGACUGAAUUUGCUUUCAUCUGUUCUUUCCCAGAGUUAUUAUAAAUGCUCUAUGGGACUCGAAGGCUGUUCCACUCCUUUCAGAAGGAACUCCGUCUAGUGGCUAGGUCAUCUGGCCACUGGGUCAUUAUUUCAGCCAGGCAAUGUGCAAAGAAGAACAAUUUUUUUUUCCUUGAAAUGGUCCCUUUUUCAGGAGAUAAAGCCUUCUGGAACCAAAAGGAUCCCAAACGGUUACAUCUAUUGGUAUUGAAGUAGGUCAUUACUCUGAUCUAGUUCCAAACCAAUGGCCUCUUAAGCAUCCAUUGCUUCAGAGAUCCUACAGUUUUCAAAUGCUAUUUGACCCAUCUCUGAUUUUUACACCCAACACAACCAUCGUGUGUCCACUUUACCAUAUGGACCCCUUAAUAGUUGUAAGGAAGUAUAGGUAGAUUCCCAGAGGGAAACUGUGAAUGCUUCUGAUUUAGCAAUGCUGUGAAUAAAAGAAAGGUUUUUUAUCCUUGACUUAAAUUUUUAGCUAAGUUGUCUAUUCCAAAGUUUGGAAUUUUUGGUUUUGGGGAAUGCAACUCGUCCUAUUUUGCAUCUAAUUCAUUUUUAUUUCUUUUUUAGGCACCUUAUAAAUUGCAAAAUGCAUAUUUGCAUUUGGGUGGUUUUUUAUAUAUAUAAAACUGUGCUUGCUUCUUUCUUGCUUUGACAGUUGAAAGAAUCAAUUCCCUUUUCAUCGAAGUUUUAUUUAACUUUUCCUUUGAACUUGGGUGUAGUUGUUUGUAAAAUGACAGCUACAGCCUUGGGUCAUUUUCAACUACUGUACUCCCAUAGUGAGUUCCCAGGUAUUUAUGUAUCUUGAUGUCUAGACAUUUACUUGUGUGUUGAUACUUUUUAUUAUUUAAAUGUACUUAAAGUAAGAGGGAAAACAAUCAAGUAUUGCAUUUUUUUUUUGGUAGCAACCAAAGUUAAAUAUCUCACAUUGAAAAAGGCUGAGGGGGAAAAGGAUGGGUAAUAGGAUCGCUUAGUAAUCCAGAAAUAUUGUUUACAUUUAACUUCCUUUCAUUUAAAUCAACGACUUUGUAGCUAACAACAAUGUUUUAACUGGUUUUUCAAACACCAAGGGCCUCUUUAAGAAUUAGGAAUACAGAACUCUGUUCAACAAAAUGUAUCUCAUCUGUCUGCCUCUCUCCAAACAAGGGAAGCUAAAUACGGCCUUUGUGUCUUCAGGUAGGCUCCAUUGUCUACAGAGAAAUUGCCAAUGGGCCCAGGAGUCUGUUUCUGAUACCUAACAGCUCACUGCACAAUACCAAGUUUCUGAUUUUUUUUCAGACGCUCAAUAUGGAAUAUGUCAUAGUGGAGCUGAGUUCUGAGCUGUAACUAAAUGGGAGCUUGUGGGUGUCAACUGGUUCCUUAGCUAGUUAAAUCUAAGAUGAGAAGAACUUCUGAACCAAGAGCACAAAAAGUAUUAGUGUAAUAUUCGAGAUUCCUGAUAUUCCUGCCCAUCCUUAAGAUUCAAACAGAUUAGAUAUCACUCUACAUUUUAUGGCACUGUUUUUUGUUUGAGGAUUUAGUUGGAAUGCAGUUGUAUGACUUGGUAAGUACAAACUGCUGAUAUUGACAUAUGUUUGUUCAAAAUUAUCCGAUUGUUAUUUAAUGUACCUCUUAAAUUAGAAGAAAUAAUUGUAGGUCAACUCUGAAGAGUAUUUGAAAACUCGACUUUGCAUCAUUGUUUGAUGCAAAAAAAAUUUUUUAAGGAUUCAAAUUAGAAAGAUCCUUGGCUGCAGGCAGCAAAACGGCUGGACUUAUUUAAAAACAACUUGCUUUUGAGUUUAAAAUUUUUUUUUUGCUUAUUUGUUAUACAUGAAUGCAGUAGCACUUUGGUAUAAAAGUUACAAAUUAAACAAUUUAUGUUGUCAGCCAAACCAUUUUCAUCUAAUGAAAGAGCUAUAUCACAUCUCAGAAAAACUCAGAAUGUUGUUGUUAGUUUUUAAUUUAUAGAUUUACACCUCUCUCUUUUCAGUUCAGUUUCAUAGUUGAUCAUAUAAUAUAUUUGCUAGCAGCAGAAAUGGCCCGCAGUGAUAGGAAAAUUUUAAAUUUCCAUUUCAAAAGAAACCCCAGCCCAUAUUCCCAGAUUAAACAAUUUUAUUUUCAUAAGAUUUUUGCCACAUGGUCCCUCAUUGACCUUAGGUAGUGGUUAACAAAAAGAUGAAAAAUUUCAACCUUUCCCAGUAAGAUUCUAAUACCUCUAGGUAAUCCAUCUUGAAUUUAACCUAGUGUCCGACACAAGGAGAUAAGUAAAUAUUCUCUCCAGUUAAGCCUUCAUUAAAAAAAUAAAAUAAAAAGCAGGUAUGAUCUCUUAUCUAUUUAAUAGGAUCCCUAGGUAUUAAUCCUUUGAGUUGGUCACUGAGAAUGUCAUUUAUGAUACACAGAAACAAACAAUAUUUAGUUUUUUAAAAGUUAACUAAAUCUUUGUUCUUUAUUAUAAAGUAGAUUCACUCAGACCUCAUAGCUAUUUUCCUUAAGGAAUUGCCUUCAACGUGUCCAGAGAUUACAAAAAUGAAAACAAAAAACAAGGUGUACUAUUUCGGGUGUAUCAGUUGAGGCCCCUUUAAUGGCCAAUAAUUGAAUUUCGUGAUGUAAGAGGAUUAUAAAUUUAGAACUGGAAGGGACACUGGUGAGGACACUGAGACCCAGUGAGGUUAAGUGACUUGCCCAAGGUAUCAGGAAGCAUUUGGUGAAUUGAAAAAGAUAAUUUGGAUAAACCAUUCUGGUGUUUAUUAUUCAUUGGCUCAUAAAUUCAACUUGUUCAUAUUUCUUAGUUCUUUCCUUUUCCCUAAUUCUAAAUAAUCUCAUCUCCUUUCUCUGUGUGUGUGUGUG